AGAAAUGAUACCUAAGCGUCAUAAAGUAGCCUAUAUAAAACUCAGCCCAGUCCAAUACUCAUCAAAGCAGAGCAAGACAUGGGGCUUUUAACAAUUGCAUUAGUCGGAGCAGGAGCAACCGGCGCUGUGGUCGGGGCUCCUUUUGUCCUGGCUGGUAUAGGUUUUACCUCAGCUGGCAUUGCAGUGGGUUCCUAUGCUGCUAGCAUGAUGUCAGCUGCUGCAGUUGCUAAUGGAGGAGCAGUGGCAGCAGGAAGUACAGUGGCUGUUUUGCAGGCAGCAGGUGCAGCUGGUCUGACAGGAACUGUCACGGCAGCAGUGGCCGGCGCUGGAGGAGCAGUGGGAGGGCUGGUUGCACUCCUAAUCUGAAAAUGGAACAAGAUGAAUUUACACUACUUUUACUUCGACUUUACUUUUACUUUUGCCAAAUGAAGGAAGCAAUUGCUAAUU